AUGAAAAGCAAUGGAGCUGCAAAAAAGGAAGAGAAAGUGGCGGUGGCGGGAAGAAGUAAAAGUGCGGAUAGUAAAUGGAAAGAACGCAUGAAUCGGGGAAUCGGCAAUAUGUCGAAAAGUUUGCCCAGUUUCAAUAAGGUACGGUAG